GUAAAACCCUAAAUUUAGAUGCCAAUUAAAAUUAAAUGAGAGCCGGGAAUACAUUGUAGGCUGUAGCCUCAUCUUUCUCCUUGCAGUUUGUGCUUUUCCAGUUCUGCGACACCCCACAUUCAUUCAUGUGCUUUCUCUCUCUUCCUUCCCUCUCUUUCUUCCCUUAGAAAGCCUGCUACACAUUUUCCACUUCUUUUCUUUUUCUUUUCUUGGGUUUCCAUCUUUAAUCCCUCUGCCAAAAGCUACUAACUUUAGUAGGUAGUACUAGAAUUAGAAGAUGAGGAAGAAAAACAGUGUUGUUGGGCAUUUAUUUUUGGUAAUUUUAUCACUUGGGUUGUGUUUAUUUUGCUCUAAUAAUGUUGCAGUUUCUCAAGCAACUGAUGAUGAUGAUGCUUCACUUAUGUUAGCUUUAAGAAAAAGCUUAAACCCACCUGAAUCUCUUGGAUGGUCCGACCCAGAUCCCUGUAAGUGGAGUCGGGUAUCAUGUUCACAGGAUAAUAAAGUGACCCGGAUUCAAAUUGGGCACCAAAAUCUUGAAGGUACUUUACCCCCUAAUCUUUCUUCUCUUACUUCUCUUGAAAGGUUAGAACUUCAAGGAAAUAGAAUUACUGGUGCUAUUCCUAGUUUAAAAGGUUUAAGUUCAUUGCAAGUUGUUAUGCUUAGUAACAAUAAUUUUAGUUCAAUUCCAAGUGAUUUUUUUGAUGGCUUAACUUCACUUCAAACUCUUGACCUUGAUAAUAACCCUUUUCAAGGGUGGGAAAUCCCUGAAUCUUUGAAGAGUGCUUCAACUUUGCAAAAUUUUUCUGCUGUUUCUGCUAAUAUAACUGGUAAAAUACCCGGGUUUUUCGGGCCGGAUGCUUUUCCGGGUAUGGUUCAUUUGCAUUUGAGCUUUAAUGAUUUGGAAGGUGAAUUGCCUAGAAGCUUUGAUGGGUUUCAAUUGCAGUCAUUGUGGGUUAAUGGACAGAAAAGUGGUAAACUUGGUGGAAGAAUUGAUGUGAUCCAAAAUAUGACUUCUUUGAAGGAAGUUUGGUUGCAAACAAAUGCAUUUUCUGGUUCAUUGCCUGAUUUUUCAGGGUUGAAAGAUCUUCAGGUUUUGAACCUUAGAGAUAACAUGUUCACAGGACCUGUUCCCUUGUCUUUGAUGAAUUUGGAGUCUCUUCAAGUUGUGAACUUGACUAAUAACUUGCUUCAAGGGCCUGUUCCGGUGUUUAAGAGCUCGGUUUCCGUUGAUUCUGUUGCUUAUUUGAACAGUUUUUGCUUGCCAAAGCCUGGUGAUUGUAGUCCACAAGUAAAUGUGUUGCUUUCUGUUGCAAAAUCGAUGGGUUAUCCUACUAGACUUGCUCAAUAUUGGAAGGGGAAUAACCCUUGUGUUGAAUGGUUUGGUAUCACUUGUAGUAAUGGUAACAUUACCACGGUUAAUUUAGAGAAAAUGAAUCUCAAUGGAACUAUUUCUCCUGAAUUUGCAUCCCUUAAGUCAUUGCAAAGGCUUAUUCUUGCAAGUAAUAACCUCACUGGUACCAUCCCACAAGAGCUUACUACUUUGCCAGCUCUUACUGAGCUCGAUGUAUCGAACAACCAUCUUUAUGGGAAAGUUCCAACCUUUAAGAAGAAUUUGAUUUUACAUACUCAAGGUAAUCCUGACAUUGGAAAGGAUGCUCCGACUCAUGGUCUAGAACCUUCUUCGCCCUCAGGCUCAGCUGAUGGACAGAGUGGUAAUUCUAGUUCAGGGAACAAAUCAAAACUUUCUACUGCUGUAAUUUUAGCUAUAUGUGUUGCUGCAGUUCUGUUUUUGGUUAUAUGUGGUGUGUUGGGAUUUUGUGUUUUCAAAAAGAAGCAACAAAAGUUCAGGAGGGUUCAAAGUCCCAAUGCUAUGGUUGUUCAUCCUAGACACUCGGGUUCUGACAAUGAUAGUGUUAAGAUUACAGUUGCUGGAUCUAGUGUUAGCGUAGGAGCGAUUAGUGAGAGCUACACUAUUCCAUCGAGUGAGACAGGUAGCAUUCAAAUGGCUGAUUCCGGGAACAUGGUUAUUUCCAUCCAAGUCCUCAAAAAUGUGACAAAUAACUUUAGUGAGGAUAAUAUUUUGGGACAAGGAGGGUUCGGAACAGUUUAUAAAGGUGAAUUGCAUGAUGGGACAAAGAUUGCUGUUAAGAGAAUGGAGUCUGGCGUGAUCGCAGGCAAAGGGCUGAAUGAAUUCAAGUCUGAAAUUGCAGUUUUGACCAAGGUUCGACACAGGCAUUUGGUCGCGCUUCUUGGGUAUUGUUUAGAUGGCAACGAGAAGCUAUUGGUAUACGAGUACAUGCCUCAAGGAACCUUGAGCAGGCAUCUAUUUAACUGGGCAGAGGAAGGGUUGAAGCCUCUUGAAUGGACUAGAAGAUUAAGCAUUGCCUUGGAUGUGGCUAGAGGUGUUGAGUAUCUCCAUACGUUAGCCCAUCAAAGCUUUAUACACCGAGAUCUAAAACCUUCUAAUAUUCUUCUUGGAGAUGAUAUGAGAGCAAAAGUUGCUGAUUUCGGUCUUGUGCGUUUGGCCCCAGAAGGAAAGGCCUCAAUUGAAACUCGAAUUGCUGGAACCUUUGGAUACUUGGCACCCGAAUAUGCAGUAACUGGACGAGUCACCACUAAAGUCGAUGUCUUCAGCUUUGGAGUAGUGUUGAUGGAGUUGAUCACGGGGAGGAAAGCUUUGGACGAGACGCAGCCUGAGGAAAGCAUGCACCUCGUGACGUGGUUCAAGCGUAUGCACAACAACAAGGAAACUUUCCGCAAAGCAAUUGACUCCAGCGUUGACCUUGAUGAAGAAACUCUCGCCAGCAUCAGUACAGUCGCAGAAUUGGCGGGUCACUGUUGCGCAAGGGAGCCGUACCAAAGGCCGGACAUGGGCCAUGUGGUCAAUGUCUUGUCAUCUUUAGUAGAGCUCUGGAAACCUACCGAAUCCAACUUUGAUGACUGUUAUGGUAUUGAUCUUGAGAUGUCUUUACCUCAGGCUUUAAAGAGAUGGAAGGCUUCCGAAGGUACAAGUCAAGCGGAAUCUUCAUCGUCUUCCUUUGUUGAUAACACUCAAACUAGUAUGGUUGCUCGGCCUUAUGGUUUUGCCGAGUCCUUCACUUCAGCUGACGGACGAUGAGGUGCUAGUAAAUGAUGAAGAAUAUGAUCACAAAGUUAUGCUUUGUUCUGUUUUUCCAUUACACCCUGAAAUUGGGAGUGUAUGGAUUUGGAAAAACAUUUGAGAUGUGUAUUGUUUGGUGUUAUUUUCUUUGUUUUUCUUUAGAUGUAUAUGCAUUAGCCCUUUUGAUCCUUCUUUUUUAAUUAAUUUCCUGUGGUUUUCAUCUUGGGAUGAAUUCUUCUUGUAACUCAUGGUUUGAGGUGAGACUAUCAUAGUAUUCAAUUUUAAGUCUUCUAAGAUUGAUCAAAA